GAUAAAAGCGAUUCUCUUUCAUUUCUUCACAUUCAUUCACUCUCCCCAUUCAAAACAUGACUAAACGCAGCGUUUCAAGGAGGCUAGUUACUUGCUUAGCCUCCCCUAAGUUCUCCUUGAACGUCUUGUGUCUUGUCGUCACAGUUUUUGUUCUUCUUCAAAUCUGUUCAUUUCACAUUACCCAACAACCCAUUUUACUUCCUCCUUCGCUAUUCACAUAUCUGAAAGAACAACAACAAGAACCUGAACAAAUAAUAUCUGAGAACGAGACGGCUUACUUGGUGGAGAAACUACGUGAGUCGGUAACAUUCCUUCCCCUGAAAGACCUUCGUUUUUCAAACAAACCACUCGAAGGUCAUACUUGGUUUAUGAGCUCUCUCUACGAUAACCAAACAAAAGGUGAGGUUCAAUAUCAAGAAUUUCCUUCAGAAUCUUCAAAAGGAAGGCUUUUGUGCUUGAAAGGGGUUGAUGAGCAUGAUGGGUCAUGGAACUACUAUGCACAGGCUUGGCCUCAAGCUCUUCCGGUCAAUGCCAGUCUCCAGGAGGGAUUGACAUUUGUUUCCUAUAAUCAUUACAGUUACGGUAACAUGUGGCAUGGACUAUCCGCCAUGGUCCCGUUUGUUGCUUGGAGCUUAAGAAACCAAUGCGAAAGUCCUCAAAGGUGGGUUUUAUACCAUUGGGGAGAACUCAGGUUCAAGAUGGGGAACUGGUUGAGUGAGAUAAUAACAGCUACUUACGGUCAGAACACCGAUUUUUUACGGUUUGUUGAUGGGAACAAGCCCGUGUGCUUCCACAAGGCAGUCGUUAUGAGACACAAUGAAGGUGGUAUGUUAAGGGAGAGAAGAAUGGAAGUCUUUGAUCUCAUUAGAUGCAAAGCGAGAAAAUACUGUAACAUAAGCUUCUCCCAGACAUCAAAAUCGCGAAUCGGUAUGACAUUGCUAAUGAGAACCGGACCAAGAUCGUUCAAGAAUGAGUCAGCCGUGAUUGAUGUCUUUAAGAGGGAGUGUAAAAGAGUUGAAGGGUGUGAAUUGAAGGUUUCUUAUUCAAAUAAUCUAACAUUUUGUGAGCAAGUGGAGCUGAUGAAAAUGACUGAUGUUUUAGUAUCACCACAUGGUGCACAACUUACUAAUUUGGUUCUAAUGGAUAGAAAUAGUAGCGUGAUGGAAUUUCUCCCUAAAGGAUGGCGUAAGCUUGCAGGAGUUGGUCAGCUUGUGUACCAAUGGGGAGCUAGCUGGUCAGGAAUGAGGCAUGAAGGCUCGUGGCAUGACCCGGAUGGGGAAAUAUGUCAGUUUCCCGAUACUGAUAGGCGAUGCAUGUCGGUCUAUAAGAACGGUAGGAUCGGAUACAAUGAGACUUAUUUUGGAGAGUGGGCUAAAAGCGUUUUGGCUAGUGUUUGGCGAAGGCUAGUUACUUGCUUAUCCUCCCUUAAGUUCUACUUGAACGUCUUGUGCCUCGUUGUCACUGUUUUUGUUCUUCUCCAAAUCUGUUCAUUUCAAAUUACUCAACGUUCUCUUUCACUCCCUCCUGCACUCUUGACGUAUCUGAGACACCAACCUGAACAAAUAUCCGAGAACAAGACGGCUUACUUGGUGGAAAAGCUACGUGAAUCGGUGACAUUCCUUCCUCUCAAGGAUUAUCGCUUUUCAAACAAACCACUUGAAGGUCAUACUUGGUUUAUGAGCUCUCUCUAUGAUAAUCAAACCAAAGGUGAGGCUCAGUAUCAAGAAUUUCCUUCAGAUUCUUCGAAAGGAAGGCUUUUGUGCUUGAAAGGGGUUGAUGAGCAUGAUGGGUCAUGGAACUCCUACGCGCUGGCUUGGCCCGAAGCUCUUCCGACCAAUGCGGUUCUUCAGGAGGGCUUGACGUUUGUUUCUUACAAUCAAUAUGAUUACGGUAACUUGUGGCAUGGACUAACGGCAGUAGUCCCAUUUGUUGCUUGGAGCUUAAGAAACCAAUAUGAAAAGCCUCAAAAAUGGGUUUUAUACCACUGGGGAGAACUAAGGUUCGGGAUGGGGCAUUGGUUGAGUGAGAUAAUCACAGCGACUUACGGUCAAGAGCCGGAGCUUUUACGGUUUGCUGAUCAGGAUAAGCCAGUUUGUUUCGAGAAGGCAGUUGUUAUGAGACACAAUGAAGGUGGAAUGUCAAGGGAGAGAAGAAUGGAAGCUUUUGAUCUCAUUAGAUGCAAAGCGAGGAACUACUGUAAUAUCAGCUCAUCCGAGAGAUCAAAACCGCGAAUCGGUAUGACAUUGCUAUUGAGAACUGGAGCCAGAUCUUUCAGAAAUGAAUCCAUGGUGAUUGAUGUCUUUAAGAGAGAGUGUAAAAGAGUAGAUGGGUGUGAAAUUAAUGUUUCAUAUUCGAAUAAUCUAACAUUUUGUGAGCAAGUGGGGCUAAUGCAGAAGACCGAUGUGUUAGUAUCACCACACGGUGCACAGCUCACUAACUUGUUUCUAAUGAAUAAAAAUAGUAGUGUAAUGGAGUUUUUCCCCAAAGGAUGGCUUAAGCUUGCAGGAGUUGGCCAGCUUGUGUACCAAUGGGGAGCUAAUUGGUCAGGGAUGAGACACGAAGGCUCUUGGCAUGACCCGGUGGGCGAAAUAUGUCAAUUCCCCGAUACAGAUAGGCGAUGUAUGUCGAUCUAUAAGAAUGCUAUGAUCGGAUACAAUGAGACUUAUUUUGGCGAGUGGGCAAGAAGAGUUUUGGGUAAGUUUAGCAUAAGAGAGAUGAAAGAGCUUGCAGAGUGCAACCACGGUAAUAGUUCUUUAGAUGUGUGUAGUUGAUAUUCAAUGUGAAAUCUACAUUAUAUCCAUAUGACAAUUUAAUGAGGCAGGGUCAAUUCUAAGUCUUAUGGAUAUGCUUUGUUGAUACAACAAACAUAUAUUCAAACUAAUAGUAACAAAAUGGUAACCAUAUCAACCGUUUCCUAUUCUUAAUAAUGAAACCAUUAGGUA